GAGAAAAAACCAGCACCGCCUGCAAAAGCAGCUCCAGUAGCGAAGAUCGUCAGUGGAGGCAUCCAAAUGCAAUCAGAUGUGCUGUCUCCUGAUCAGCUCGAGGCUCUACAGCGCAAGCUGGCUGAGCAGUUGGCUGCGUGCGGAAUUGACGCGUCCGUUCUUUCGGGCGUCACUGCCGGUGACAUGCCAGUUCGUCGCCCUCGGAAAGCCGAUGGAGCUAAGAGAGGAGGCCCAAUGAGGGCCGAAAAGAAUACGAUACACCCUCAGCUGUCCAUUCUUUAG